AGUGACCAAAAAUCCCCACGCCCGCAACCACCACUACCACACCAUACAUCGACGACACAUCGAAUUGGACGUCAGAUCCGUUCAUUCAAUUUCCCGCCACUGCGCCAACACUCUCCUCGCACUCGAGUGUAUCUCUUCUCUCCGCGAAACGAAACAGUCAUGGCGACCAUGGCGAUGUCAGCUACCCGGACCAGCACAUUCUAUGCGCUGAAGUCGUUCCUGCCGCGGUUGUCGCUGCCCGCCUUCGCCGUUCCCGUGGCCAUACACCUCAACAUUCCGGCGCUGCUCCCCGGCAUCUUCGAAUCGAUCCUUCGCGCCGUCCCCAAGAAGAAGCAGUCUCACUCCAGGAAACGUAUGCGACAGUUGGCCGGAAAGGCACUGAAGGAUGUCAACGCGCUGGGCAGGUGCUCGUCGUGCGGGAAGGUCAAGCGGUCACAUAUCCUAUGUGAGCACUCCCAUGAGUUCGACAUCUUCGGCGUUGCUUUGACCACUUCCUACGUCGUCACGGUCGGAGGCGAUUCCAAUGUCAAGUUAUGGCAGACUGGUACGCAGGAGCAUUCCCUAGUACACCAGUUCGCCGGUGCACAUCCAUUGGGAGCCCAUCAUGUCGCAGUCAACAGAAACGACGGUUCUCGAGCAGCAACUGCUGGAUUCGGCGGAGAGAUCAUUCUGUGGGACCUCGAGAAUCUAGAAAAGUUGCACCAGAUCAAGGGCCAGAAGGGAACUGAAGGAACAUGGGCUGUGGCGCUGUCGCCCACGGGUGACCGGCUGGCAGCGACGACCUGUGACGGAAAGAUCAAUGUCUGGGAUAACACCAAACCGCAAGAAACCUUGAUCACGUAUGUGACGAAGGGAAGCUUUGGAAUGACUGUCGAUAUCUCUCCAGAUGGACACCUUAUCGCGUCGGGACACGAGAAUGGUGGUGUUUACAUCUUCAAUAACCUCACAUCCAAGAUUCAUCACUCCCUCCAUGGUCUGGUCAAGCCGGUUAGAUGCGUCAAAUUCUCUCCCGGCGGAAAGCUCCUCGCCGCAUGCGGCGAUUCCACCGUAGUUGCACUGUUUGAUGUCGUAUCUGGAGAGCAGGUUGCAAAUCUCGCAGGUCACUCAAGCUGGGUGUUUUCCGUUGCCUGGAACUCUAUUGGCGACCAUCUGAUUAGCGGCUCCUUUGACGGAAAAGUGAAGGUCUGGUCGGUGGACACUGGCUCGUGUGUGGCCACCCAGAACGAAGCUACAGCCGCUAUACAUACGGUGCAAAGCAUCCCAAGGGGAGCGGGUAUCGGAGAAGGAUUCGUGGCUGCUGGUGCGAACAAGAGCAUAUACUACUACCGUGAGUCGGCCGGGGAAUAGAUGCGAGUGGUUUGAGUAUAGAAAGCCUUUGUAAUUGAUCUGCGGCGUGCGUAGCGCCGCAGCUGCCAGCCAGCAUCACUUCUAUUUUUACGUGAGAG